AUGAGAUCUAGAUUUCUACCAACAGGAGACAAAAUCAUUGUUCCAGAUAUUAAAAAUACAUAAGAAUAUGGUAAAUUAUUUGAUGAGGAAAUAUUUUAAUCUAAAAUAAGAGCUUAAAGAGAAUAUGAAAUGAAACUUUAAGAGUAUUUAGAUUAAGUUAAAGUUGUAGAUGAUUUCAUCUUUAAAAUCUUAGAUAUUAUCUCUUCAUCACUUUAAAAUUCAAAAACUCCAGAUCCUUCUUUAUUAACUGAUUUAAAAAAAUUGAGAUUAUCUCUUAAAUUUGAUGAUCAUUACAAAGAAAGCAUUGAACCAUUAAAUGAAGCAUUACUAUGGAUCAAAGCUUCAUAGCAUCUUUUCUCAGUUAUCAAUUAAAUUAAUCUUCUGAGAAAUAUCAUUUGUGCUCCAUUAUCAUAAGAUUAUAUUAGAAGAAUGAAAAAUUUCUCAGAAGAUUUCGAAUUAUUGCUCAAAGAACAUAAAUCAAUUGAAGUUAAAUCUCCAUUUAGUUUUAAAUAAUAAAAAUAACCAUACUUAGAAUCUGCCUAGCUUUUCGAUGAACUUCUACUCAGAACUCUUAAAGCUAUGAAACAUAUUCAAUAAUAUUCUACUUACAGUAUGUAAAUUGCUGCUUAUUAUACUGAAUUUUAACAUCACAUUAAUGGUUCUAUUAAAGUUAAUCAAGAAUAUAUGGAACUUAUUCAUAAUUUAGUUUUAUUUUAUUAAAAUGAAUCUUCUCAAUUUAUACCUUUAUAAAAGGCAUUAGAAGGAAUUCCAAAUAAUUUAAUAUUUCAUGAACAAUUGGCCAAUGUUAAAAAUCUUUUAUAAAAUUACAAAAAAUAAUUAAACUUAGAAGAUUUCAAAGAAUUAGAUCAAAUAUUCUAAAAAUAUCUUAAAUAAUAGCAACCUAUUUUCUCCCUUGAAUAAUUGAGAAUUGAUUUAUUCUUUAUAUUAAAUGAUGAAGAAGACUUUAUAACAGUUAUGAAAAGCUUUAAAAGAGUUUGCUCUUAAUCUAAUGUAGAUCUAGAUUCUUAUGAUGACUUAUUAAAAGAGUUAAUUAAUUUCACAUCCAUUAAAAGAGAUAAUAAGAUUGCUUAAUUAGAAGAUAAUUUCAUUAUUAUUUCAUUUGUUUAAAACGAUAAGAAAGAUUGGCAAUAAUUUUUAAAAUUAUGUAUAACGAAAUUAGGAGUUUUUUUAAAAGAUGCAGAGAAAUAAUAAGUGGAAAAUCCUUAACAUUAUUUAAAUGACUUUAAGCAUACAGCUAAUUAAUUAAGACCUUAAAAAAAUACUUAUAGCAAUACCAAUUUAUUGCAACUUUAUGAUAAAAUUAUUGAGUUAUUUGAAGCAAAUUUAAAAAAAUGA